AAUUUGCAUAAGAAAGUAACCAAUCGAUGUGCAUGAAUAAUGACAAGUAGUAAAAGGAAAGCGUGAUUGGUUAAGUUUUAUACAAGCAGUCAAUUGCAUCUUAAAAUAUAUCCAUUGUCGCGCUUUAAAUGCAACUGCUGUUUAUUUAUUAUAUAGCUUCACCCCUCGCUGUUCAUUAAUUUCAACUUGGUGUGCUAAAUUCAGUAUUUCUAUUAAAGCUUUGAGAUUUUAGGUUAUGCUUUGUUUACGUGUAAUUUCAUAUUUAUAAGCCUAUUAUUAGCUUAUUUUAAAAGACACAGUUGUUUAUAAAUUAAUUUUGAUAAUACAAUGAUGACCUGUGAAGCACACGAUUGUCUUUCAAAUGAAAAUACUAAGAUUGAUGGGAAAAACAUUUUAUUGUUUCCUUUCCCUGACGACGUUGCUCGAAAGCAGCAGUGGAUAAGGAAUUGUGGGCUGAGUGAAAAUGUUGAAAGCAAUAAACCUCUGUCCCUCUGUCAACUGCACUUUGAAGAAGUGCAUUUUACAAAUUCAAUGGAAUUGAAACCAGAUGCUGUUCCAACUAUUUUUAAUAAAGUGGAUGAUGGUCAGAGAAAACGCAAGGCAGAAGAUACACUUGAAACUGAAUCACCCGAAACUCCACCAUUAAAACAAAAGAAAUUGGACGAUGAUUCGCAUAGUAUAGAGACUCCACCACAAAGUCCUUGUAUUCCACUAAUAGAAAAUGCUGAAGAAAUGAAUGGAGAAGAUAAAUUGGAUGUAUCAUCUAAUUGUGAGGUACCAUUAAAUGACCCUACCCACUUAAAAUCUGAGUCACACCAAGAAGUUAAGAUAGGAAAAAGAGUGUAUCGUUUAUCAAUACAAAUAGAUAAAAUAUAUGGUAAGCCAUGUCCUAGAUCAAAAAAGCUCAUGAUAUUGGCACAAGUAAUGAAAAGAAGCCAGCUUCCUGGAGUUCUAUUUGACAUAGACCAAAGAGAUCAAUCUCUACAGAAAAUUAAUGGAAAAGCAAUUUGUGAAAAGGGUGGUUGUAGGUUAAAAAAGUCUGUUUAUGACUCAAAGCCAGCAUUUCAAUGCGAACAUUGUGAUAAAUACUUUGUAAUGAAGAAAAAUACUAAUCAAGAAGAGAAGAAUAUUUGUAAUACAUGUCAUGAAACUUUCCCAUCUUUACAAUCUUUAAACCUUCAUACUAAAACUCACUUGAUAUGUGAUAUGUGUCAGACUGGAUGUAGUUCACAGGUGACUUAUGAUAAACAUGUAAGGCUACAUGUUAGUACAGACCCGUUACAUCCAUAUAAAUGUCACCAAUGUACAGAAACGUUUGAAAUUAAGGAUGACAUAAGGCAGCACUAUCUAAUCGUUCAUCCUACAAUAAAAUUACAAAACACGAUUUUGCAAGUGACUACACCACCUGUAGCCCAACAAGUACUUCAAUCACAGGAUUAUCGGUGUGUCAGUUGCAAUAUUACAUUUAGGAAUGAACAAGCUUAUAGGAAUCACAUAAAUUCCCAUAAAAAUAAAGAAGGUUUAAGAUGCAGCAUCGGAGAUAGUACUAAUAAUAUAUUUCCAGUACCUAAUCCUUUGACUGGUAGCCAAAUUGGUAUCCUCCGUGCGGUGAAAUUCAGUUGUAGAGUAUGUUCCAUGGAGUUUGACAACGUGGGUGAGGUAGAUAAACAUACGAGGACCCACUUGGCGGAAGAUACCGAAGAGGAACAGCAGUGCAAUAUUUGUAAAAGAGCGUUUAAAACAACCGCUCUACUUAAUGAACAUUUAAAAUACCAUCUGUCCCGUGCACAUUCUUGUCCUACAUGUUCCAAAGCUUUCAUCAAUAGAACUACUUUGAAAAUACAUUUAAAAACACACGGCGAAGCAUAGAUACAGCGACGAAUAUAUUGAAAAUUUGUAUAAAUCAGAAUGCGUUUACGGUGAUGUAAUUGUAUUAAUCGGUAAGGUUCCUGAAUACAGAAACCUUUGUAUAAUGUGUACAAAGUUACAUUUUAAUUGCCAUUCACAGCCAGUGAUGAAGUAAGAAAAAUCAUUGUAUAUGUUUGUAGAGAAUUAUUAAAUUCUUAAACAAUAA